AGCAGCAGCAAUAGCAGUAGCGGCAUCAGCAAAGGAGGGCGCAUACUACAGCACUGCUCCAACCGACAAGCCCGGUUUGCCUGAGGGGCAUUGGCAAUCGCGUCUCUAGUCUGGCGCUGGUGUUUGGUGCUUUGAGCUCCAAGGCACUGAAGCCUAGCUGAUUAAUUCGCAAUCCGAAACCUCUCACUCUGAUCUCCCACACUCUACACGCAUACUGCUCACAACACACACUCAUUCUUCUCUCUCACACAUUCAUAUAGGACCCGAGACAGACGGAGAAAGAGCUACACAGACUUCCCGAGUGCAAGGGAGGGAAGCCUAACGCAGAGAGACCAGCACCUCUCCCGAAGGAUGGAAUGAAGACGUUCUUGCAAGCAAACUUUGGCAGCGAGCUAACCAUCGGUUGUUGCAGCUUCUGAGGCAGACCCCAGAGACAUGCGACUACGCUGAUAGCUUCCUCGGGAGUCGGUGUGACAGCGGCGGCAGAGGCCCUCGGACGAUACUCCAGACCAGACCUUGGAAGGAGAAACUACUGGUACCCUCGCCGGCAGUCCCGCCUUUCCAAGCCGGCCUGAAAAAGGCUAGUGUGGCACUCUUGAACCCAGGAAGGCACUUUCUUGGCGAAUCCUCUCACUGCAGUGAGCCCAGAGCGCUGGGAGGAGGUUCUUGCGCAUGCUAGGUGCACUGAAGAAGCUCAGUGAAGCAGUGGUGGCCAAGAGGCCGCGACCCUGCCACCUCAAUCACCUUGGUCCAAAGCACUCUCUAAACGCAGCCAUUCUUUGAUCCAGCCUCUCAGACGCCCAAGGAUCCUCAGUCCUGCGCCGCUAGGAUCAGUCGCGCCCCAUUAACUUUGAAGAGGGGAAACUGAGUAGUCGGGCUGGAGGGAGGGGGCUCGGGGCCGCAAGGCACAUCUUUGCUCCCCCGGAGGCCCCGGGUUCCCCGAAAACCUCCUCUGAGUCUGCUGCAACCUCAACAUUGGAGCCGGCGCGGGUGUCAUCCCCGCGCCUCCGGGCCGCCCUGGGCUGGACUCCUCCCGUGGCCUCCCGGGCCCCGGGGCGCGCGCAACAGGCGGCCAGAGUCAGCGGGAAGCUGGAGCGCCGGCGCCGUCGUCUUAGGAGGGGAGUGGAGAUACAAGGCCAGGCAGAGCCUCCAGCAGCUAUGGAGUCUCUCCUGCUGCCGGUUCUACUAUUGCUGGCAAUACUGUGGACGCAGGCGGCCGCCCUCAUUAACCUCAAAUACUCUGUUGAAGAGGAGCAACGCGCUGGCACAGUGAUAGCCAACGUAGCCAAAGACGCACGAGACGCGGGCUUCGCUCUGGACCCACGACAGGCCUCUGCCUUUCGUGUGGUGUCUAACUCCGCUCCACAUCUGGUUGACAUCAACCCCAACUCAGGCCUGUUGGUCACCAAACAGAAGAUUGACCGUGACCUGCUGUGCCGCCAGAGCCCAAAAUGCAUCAUCUCGCUUGAGGUUAUGUCCAGCUCAAUGGAGAUCUGUGUUAUUAAGGUGGAGAUAAAGGACCUGAACGACAAUGCGCCCAGUUUUCCGGCUGCACAGAUUGAACUGGAGAUCUCAGAGGCGGCAAGCCCUGGCACACGCAUUCCUCUGGACAGCGCCUAUGAUCCCGACUCUGGCAGCUUUGGUGUGCAGACUUAUGAGCUUACGCCUAAUGAACUGUUUGGCCUGGAGAUCAAGACACGAGGCGAUGGCUCACGCUUUGCCGAACUUGUGGUGGAGAAGAGCCUGGACAGAGAGAAGCAGUCACACUACAACUUUCGCAUUACAGCGCUAGACGGCGGCGACCCACCACACCUGGGUACGGUUGGCCUCAGCAUCAAGGUGACUGACUCCAAUGACAACAACCCGGUGUUUGGAGAAUCCACCUAUUCGGUGAGUGUUCCUGAGAACUCACCUCCCAACACUCCCGUCAUUCGCUUGAAUGCCAGUGACCCAGACGAGGGGACCAAUGGGCAGGUGAUCUAUUCCUUCUAUGGCUAUGUCAAUGACCACACUCGUGAGCUCUUCCAGAUUGACCCUCACAGCGGCCUAGUCACAGUAACUGGUGCUCUAGACUAUGAAGAGGGUCACGUGUAUGAACUAGACGUGCAAGCCAAGGACCUGGGCCCUAACUCUAUCCCUGCACACUGUAAGGUCACUGUCAGCGUUUUGGACACCAAUGAUAACCCGCCAGUUAUCAACCUGCUGUCAGUCAACAGUGAGUUGGUGGAGGUGAGCGAGAGUGCCCCCCCGGGCUACGUAAUUGCACUUGUGCGGGUAUCUGAUCAUGACUCUGGCCUCAAUGGGCGUGUGCAGUGCCGGUUGCUGGGUAAUGUGCCCUUUCGGCUACAGGAAUAUGAAAGUUUCUCCACUAUCUUAGUGGACGGACGAUUAGACCGAGAGCAGCAUGACCAGUACAAUCUCACCAUCCAGGCUCGUGAUGGUGGAGUCCCCAUGCUGCAAAGUGCCAAGUCUUUUACAGUGCGCAUCACAGAUGAGAACGACAACCACCCACACUUCUCUAAGCCUUACUACCAGGUCAUUGUCCAAGAAAACAAUACUCCAGGCGCUUAUCUGCUAUCAGUGUCAGCUCGAGACCCUGACCUGGGCCUCAAUGGCAGUGUGUCCUACCAGAUCGUGCCGUCACAGGUUCGGGACAUGCCUGUCUUCACCUAUGUCUCCAUAAACCCAAAUUCAGGAGAUAUCUAUGCCCUGAGAUCCUUCAAUCACGAACAAACCAAGGCAUUUGAGUUUAAGGUGCUGGCCAAAGAUGGGGGCCUGCCGUCACUGCAGAGCAAUACCACUGUCCGGGUUAUCAUUCUAGACGUCAAUGACAAUACCCCAGUCAUCACAGCACCACCACUGAUCAAUGGCACAGCUGAAGUCUACAUCCCCCGAAACUCAGGCAUAGGGUAUCUGGUGACUAUUGUCAAAGCAGACGACUAUGAUGAGGGUGAGAAUGGCCGUGUCACCUAUGACAUGACAGAGGGUGACCGAGGCUUCUUUGAAAUCGACCAGAUCAAUGGGGAAGUCAGAACCACUCGCACCUUUAGUGAGAGUUCCAAGGCUUCCUAUGAGCUUAUUGUGGCGGCUCAAGACCAUGGCAAAACAUCUCUCUCUGCCUCUGCUCUGAUUCUAAUCUACCUGUCACCUGCUCUUGAUGCCCAGGAAUCAAUGGGCUCAGUGAACUUGUCCUUAAUUUUCAUUAUCGCCCUAGGCUCCAUUGCAGGCAUUCUCUUUGUCACUAUGAUUUUUGUGGCCAUCAAGUGCAAACGAGACAACAAAGAGAUCCGGACCUACAACUGCAGAAUCGCUGAAUACUCUUAUGGGCAUCAAAAGAAAUCAAGCAAGAAGAAAAAAAUCAGUAAGAAUGACAUCCGCCUGGUACCACGAGAUGUGGAGGAGACAGACAAGAUGAACGUUGUCAGUUGUUCCUCCCUGACUUCGUCCCUCAACUAUUUUGACUACCACCAGCAGACGCUGCCCCUGGGCUGCCGUCGCUCUGAAAGCACCUUCCUAAACGUGGAGAACCAGAACACCCGCAACACAAGUGUCAACCACAUUUAUCAUCACUCUUUCAACAGCCAGAGGCCCCAGCAGCCUGACCUGAUCAUCAAUGGUGUACCUUUGCCAGAGACUGAAAAUUAUUCUUUUGACUCCAACUAUGUUAACAGCCGAGCCCAUUUGAUCAAAAGCAGCUCCACCUUCAAGGACCUAGAAGGCAACAGCCUGAAGGACAGUGGACAUGAGGAGAGUGACCAGACUGACAGUGAACAUGAUGUCCAGAGGAGCUUGUAUUGUGAUACUGCUGUCAAUGAUGUGCUGAACACCAGUGUAACUUCUAUGGGGUCCCAGAUGCCUGAUCAUGAUCAGAAUGAAGGAUUUCAUUGCAGGGAAGAAUGUCGGAUUCUUGGCCACUCUGACAGGUGCUGGAUGCCUAGGAAUCCCAUGCCCACUCGCUCGAAGUCCCCUGAGCACAUGAGGAAUGUCAUUGCGCUGUGCAUUGAAGCUACUGCUGCUGAUAUUGAGGCUUAUGAUGAUUGUGGCCCUACCAAGCGGACUUUUGCAACCUUUGGAAAAGAUGUCAGUGACCACUCAGCUGAGGAGAGGCCCACCCUGAAAGGUAGGAAGACUGUUGAUGUGACCAUCUGCAGCCCCAAGGUCAACAUCUCUGUCCGGGAGGCAGGCAAUGGCUGUGAGGCUAUUAGCCCUGUUACCUCCCCUCUGCACCUCAAGAGCCCUAUGCCCACCAAGUCUACUGGAUCUUACACCAUUGCCGUGGCACCCCCAGCACGGGAUCUGGAGCUAUAUGCCAACAAUGGUCCUUCUCGUCCCUCUGAAGCUGAACCUCGUGGAGCCGACAGUGAAAAAAUAGUGCAUGAAGUCAAUCCUAUUCUGAAGGAUGGUCCUGACAAAGAAUCUCCUGGUUUGAAGCGCCUGAAAGAUAUUGUUCUCUAAACCAGAAAAUUGAAAAACCAUGCUGACUAGCGAAGUUGCAAGAGCUGAUAGUUUUAAUGACUCAACUUUAAUGGUUGGUUCUUGAGUGGUGAUAUUUCAGAGCUGUCCCUAGAUAUAUUGUUUAUAAGUGACUAUAAUCCUGUGACAAUCCCUUUUGUUUCAACAGGCAGCAGGGGUGCUUGAUUGGAACAAAUUAGCAUUGGCUUGAGUUGUUUGUGGGGCCUUGAUGUUGGGGAAACAGAGACAGAUUCAGUUGUGAAAAGUAUUAUGUACUGUUUGAAUUUAUAUAUUUUUAUAUGUCAAAAUUAUAAUAUAAAUUAUCAUUGUUUGUGGAGGAGUACAUUUUAAAAAAGAGAAAACAAACAAGCAAAAAAAAAAAAAAGCUCUGGACAUCUUCAAUAGUCUCACCAAUGUUUUUGCAAUAUAGACAAGUUCAUGGUCAUUUAUUGUGUACUAUUCAUUGAUUUAGUGAUGUGAAAUUGAGCCCCCAAAAGAUUGUUUAUGAAGUUUGAGUACUUUCCAAUGCCGCUACUUUUCUGUGGACACCCCUGCUUUGAGAACCCUUUUGCUAGCUUGCUAUUGUUGUAUUUGAUAUUGCAAAUUGCUAUGUGUAUGGUGAUGGCAAAGGGCUUUUAGAGGUUAGUGUUUUUUUUUUUUUCUUUCUUAAAUGAUGAAAUUCCAGACAAAAACAAAGUGCAAACAACUGAGAUAGCAAGUAAAGGAGUAACACUACACAUAUAUGUAUCAUGUACUUGGAGGAUAUUCACUCAUGGGGGACACUCAUGUAGUGAUUAUUCAUCACCUUGUAAUGUACAUUUCCUAUGUUGUAGACUUCUGCUCAUGUCCUUGCAGUGAUAGAUCACUGAAGAAAGUAAUAUUUGGAUAUUAUGCAAAUUUCAGUUGUCAAAAAUAUUAUACUGGACGUUUUAUGGGAUCCAAUUGUCUAAUGUUUAGGCCCUUAAUAGAAAUUUUGUCCUUGAAGUUAUCAGUUUCCAGGACUACAUUCCAUUCCCAACCAUCUAAACCUAAAAAGACUCGAUCUAUUUUGAGAUCUAACUUAGCAUUUUUUUCAGACACAUACUUCCUAAAUCAGUGUUUUCUAGUCACAAUAAGAAUUAAACUGCAGGGGCUGGACAGUUGAACCCACAUGUUGUCAUGCUUAAGGACCUGGGUUCAAACCCCUGAUCCCCACCUACAAGGGGAAAGCUUGAAAGCAGUGAAGCCGUGCUGCAGGUCUCCCUCUCCCUCUCCCUCUCCCUCUCCCUCUCCCUCUCCCUCUCC